AUGGACAGUCAUUCAGGUGCCACUGAGUUCUGCCUUCUAGGCCUCCCUGCAUCCCAUGAACUCCAUCAAGCUCUUUUCACUUGGUUCCUGUUCUUCUAUUCAGUGACAUUAAUGGGUAACAGGGUGAUCAUCAUCAUCGUGUUGAUAUCAUCUGAAUUCCUCUUGUAUGUUUUCCUCAGCAACCUCUCUGUCCUGGAGCUCCUUGUCAAAACCAUAAUCAUCCCUGUGAUGCUGUGAGGAUUGCUGCUCCCUGGCACAUAGACAAUAUCUUUGGCUGGAUGUAUUGUCCAGCUCUUCCUGUACCUUUUUGGGGGGACCACAGAGUUCAGACUACUUGGAGCAAUGACUGAGAAGUGUUGUGUGUCUAUCUGUAACCCUAGAGAUAACUACAUCAUCAUUAACAGCUGUAGCUGCAUCUGGGUGGUCAUUGCAUCAUGGGCAUUUAGGUUUCUCUCUGAAUUCUGGCCAGUCUAUGCCACAUUUCAAUUUACCUUCUGCAAAUCAAAUCUGUUAGACCACUUUUACUAUGAUUGGGGGCAGUUACUCAAACUAUCCUGUGAUGACACUCUUUUUACAGAGUUUAUUUUUUUCUUAAGGGCUGUUUCCAUUAUCAUUGAUUGUGUGAUCUCACUAAUUGUCUCCUACACCUAUAUCACUUCCACCAUCCUCAAGAUCACCUGAGCCUCUGGCCAGAAGAAAGCCUUCUCCACCUGUGCCUCCCACUUCACCUUUGUCAUGAUUGGCUAUGACAGCUACUUGUUUCUUUUUUUGUUUGGGGAUGAUGAAGGAAGAAGGGACCCUGCGCCUACCAUGAAACGGUUUCCAGUCAACAAGGAGAUGAGCAUCCAAGCUGCAGUUUAA